AUACUUUGGGGCAAUCCUACCGUUGACGUGGCGAGUUCCCAUUGGCCCCAGCCGCCAACUAUUCGGAUGUGCUGCCGUACUUUCACAUGCUGGAUUAGAUAACAUAACACUUGGGAUUUUAUGUCACUCACCACCUCAGCUCCAAAAGUGCAUCCUUUCAUUCAAGUCAGACAGAGUAGAUAACAAACGAAUAACAUAACUGAAAACCAAACCCCCUUUUUUCUGCUAAUAUUAUCAUCAACUUAUCAUAGAUUCAUAGCCCUCACUCACUCAGUUUUCAUGUGAUUGAUUCUCUUUUUCUUUUGCACCUUUUGUAUCUUUCAAAACCUUCUUCUUAGAUCUAUGAACAAAGAUUCAAUAAGGGGCUCCUAAUCUUCUACUUGUAAGCACAAUUACAGGAUAUAUAUAUAUGUACCGAUUUGGAGAUCAAACAGUCAUGUCGGUAUUCAAAAUUUGAGUGAGUGAAGAAGAAAGGGCAAUGGAGAAAAGGUGCGAAUUCUGCGCGGCGUUGAGGCCGGUCGUGUUCUGCAAAUCAGACGCGGCGCACCUCUGCCUCCCCUGCGACGCCAAGGUCCACUCGGCCAACGCCCUCUCCUACAGACAUCCUCGUACCCUCGUCUGCGAAUCCUGCCGGAAUCACCCUGCAUCGCUGCGUUGUUUCCACCACCAAACGUUCAUGUGCCAGAGCUGCCACAUCAGCCGCCACGCCUCCCUCGAUCACUGCAAGAAGAAGCUCAGCUGCUAUGUGGGAUGCCCCUCUGCAAGGGAUCUUGCCGACUUGUGGGGAUUCCAAAUCAAACAAUCUGUUGAUAACUCAGAUGAGGUAGGAAAUGAUGGAAGCCAGGAAAAGAGGUUGAUUCUGCAGCAGAUCUUGGAUUUGGAAAGGCUUCAGCUCUCUGAUGAUUCAUGUCUAUCAUCGCGUGUCAAGGAGCGGCCGGGGGUGAAGCACGAGGCGACGUGGAAGGAGCAUGGAAUGCUCGAGAAUCAGCAUCUCGAGCAUUCUGAUGCCGAGGAGUCUCUGUCGUCUCCGUUUCCUCAGCUGGAUAGCUUGGCCGGCAAUGGGAAUCCGAUGGCUGGAGACGCCUUUUGGCAGCACAGAAGCCCUCUUCACAACAAUGAGAUUUGGGCUCAAAAUAUGCAAGAUUUGGGAGUUUGUGAUGAGGUAGGGUGUUUUGAAGAUGUGAACAUCCCUGAUGUUGAUCUCACAUUCCAAAGCUUUGAAGAGCUCUUUGGGAGUGAGCAAGAGCCCACCAACUCUUUUGAAGAUGAGAAUCCAUCAUUUCAUGCCACUAAAAUUGAGAGUGACAAGGAAAUGGCUAAUUCGGUAUCAUUGUUUUCUGUCUCAAGAAUCACCGGCGAAAGUAGUGGGUCCCACAGUAACGAUGACGACUUCUUUCCUCGACACGUGUCGUGUGACCAAGACAUUACAAAGUUGGGUGAUAAAGAAAAUGUCACAAUAAGAUACAAGGACAAGAAAAUUUCAAGGCAUGAAAGGCAAGCUCCAAGAUCAAAGUCCGAUUUCAAGAAAAGGGGAAAAAGUCAAGUUUUGAAAGUAGAAGAUGAUCGUGGUAAUGUCUCUAGAAGCUUCUGAAGUUGUCUCUUUCUCUACAUUCAUCUUUUGUUGUACUUGUACAUAUACUUGCCCACAAAAAUGACUAAUGAGCUCUUUUCAAAGAAUGCUUUAAAUGAUAUUUUCCCUAUUUUCUUCAA